AAAUGUUAAGGCUUACAAUCACUGAGAUCGGAUGGAGCCACGGAGGUUGCUAACUUGGGAAUUCCUGACCGUUUGUUUAAGCGUCACGGACGAUGGUCCAGUGAGUUCGCGAAAAUGGUUAUAAUAAGUAUUCGGUGGAGGGUGUCUAAAUCUUUUAAUAUUGUACUGUUUGACAAGUUUGUUGUGUUUUGUGGCCCGUUCUUCUUAUUCAGCUGGUAUGCGUGUCCCGUCGGCUAGUACCAAACAACUGAGUUUGUGUUUGUUUGCUAAAUAGGAAAAUGUGGGAUGUAAGGAAGAUAUACGAACAUUAUUUUCCCAUUAGCAUGAAUUUGCCGCUAAAGGCACUGUAGAAGCACGAGGAUAUUUGUUCAUGGUUAAACAGUGCUCAGUGUUUGUCAUUCAGCAUUGGGAACUCGCAGGUUGCGUGCAAUCCACAAACUGCAAGAAUCGACCAAGAAAAUGUGCACUUAAUCAUGAAUUAUUUAUGGGAUGUCGAGGAAACACAAAAAAUUGUAUAUUGUUACAAAGACCAGCAAUUCAUAGCACGGUGCGUAGCGCUACAUCUAGUAUCUUGCUCCAAAGAAGAAGCAAGCGCGAACAUUUACAACAUUUCGUCUGAUGAUAUGACGUCGGUUACGAUCAUCAUAUUUUCUUACAAACAAACGCUGUCAGGCAAUUAUAGCUGCGUCAAGGAAAAUGAACGAGAUAGGAAAACUAUCUGCUUAACUACAGAAACAACAACGUUGACAUCAGCCGCUUCGUCAGAAACAACAACAUUGACAUCAGCCCCUUCGUCAGGUCUGAACGCCGGACAAAAAGCCGCCAUCGCUGUACCAAUCGUUGUGAUUGCGCUUGUGGUUGUUGUAUUAUUAAUAUGUUUAAAAAGAAAAGGGUACAUAUGUUAACCAGGCAACGCUAACCAAAUAAUAACAUGAAGGAAUUUAUUAGUGCAAAACCACUUUGCAGAAUGAAACGUUUGACAAGCGUUCAUCUUCGUUCAUGCAUACAAUAAUACAAAAAAUAAACGUUA